AUGGCAACAUUCUCAAACGCCUCCGAGGCUUUCUAUGAAGAUGUCUCUGGAACUUCUCCGAGGGCAUUUCGAAACCCUCAGAUGAAUCGUCCCGUCGGUCGAAAUGACGGUUAUGGAAGCAUGCAUAACCCUAUGUAUGGGGGUGAAGGAUCGCUCCCUACAAUGCGAUUUGAUAACAUGAGAGAUGGUUUCAAUGGCCAGAUGCAGAAUCCUGCUGCAGGCAACAUACACUUUCCGUAUGAUGCUGGUGCCGCGCAGACCUGGAGUUCGAGUGGUGGUUCAUUGCAAUCCUUUGGAAACGGAUUGAAUGGUAUGGCUCAAAAUCCAAAUUUUGGCCCGUCGCGUAGCGUUAAGCCAUCUCGUGGCCGAGCUGGAAUCUCGAAUCUCUGGUUUGAUCAACCCUCCCAGUUUCAACAACAAGCGCCUCAACACCCUUCCCUCCUCCCUCAGAGAUCAGGCCCUCAAGGUCGCAACGAACAUCAACAUCAGGAUGACGAUGACGAACUGAUACCGACUGCCAUUGUCAUCAAGAACAUCCCAUUUGCUGUCAAGAAAGAGCAACUUGUCCAGUUGAUGGUCGAUAUGAAUUUGCCCCUGCCUUAUGCCUUCAACUAUCAUUUUGAUAAUGGUGUCUUCCGGGGUUUAGCGUUUGCGAACUUUACUUCUCCACAAGAAACCGAACAGGUGAUUCAGGCACUUAAUCACAUGGAUCUCAGUGGUCGCAAGUUGCGGGUCGAGUAUAAAAAGAUGCUACCUCUAGCUGAACGUGAACGUAUCGAACGUGAAAAGAGGGAACGCCGCGGCCAGCUAGAAGAGCAACAUCGUCCUGUGCCACAAUCGCAGCUUCACAAUCAGGUGUCCAUGUCCUCCUUGUCAAGGAAUACGCCAUCUCCAUUAUCACAUCGGAGUGCGAAACCUGGUAAGUCAUGGACCAACAGCGUCUCUCCAACCGAGCUAAUCAACCAAGAUAUCGACAUGAAUGACGCAAAAACUCUGGAGUUCUAUACCAACAUGACUUUGUUCAAACAAGACCCCAGUCGAGAAGUCCUGAUCUUCCCACCAACCUUGGAACCUCAUCACCGCCGUGUUGUCCAUACCUUGGCUCAUCACAUGGGCUUGAUGCAUACGUCGCGGGGUUCGGGUGAGGCACGUCAGGUCCAUAUCCAUCGACCUGCUCCUGGCACCAAUGUCAGCCCGCCAACAAUUCCAGGGGCUUUCGGCCCUGGUGAGGGUCUUCGUCAAACUUUGGCCCGAUCCUCCACCGCCGAUUUCAGUGAAGGUCGGCAGUAUGAGUCUCCUGCCUUCAACACUCUGCGAGGACAAUCUUCCGUCGGACUCCUCGAUGUCCUGGACACCAAUGCUUUUGGAAGGACCGCCGAUAGCAAUCUGCGUAAUGCCAAGUCGUUUGCAGACCUCCGAUCCUGGAGUCCUUCUCCGGUUCCAUCAUCUGCCAGCUUUCCUGCUGCCCUGCAGACCAACGGGGCUCGUCUACAAGCAUUGAACGAUACUGCCGGCUCAAACACUCCGACUUUGACGACGCCCACCACAGGUCCCGCUGCCCCAGGUUCGAACCGCGAUGAACCGUUUCUGAUUUCUGGCUUUUCCAACCUGUCCAUGGGUAAUGGCAACCCCAGUCAGACCAGUCCCAGACGCCAACGAAGCUUUUUCGGAACCGAGGCUGAAUGGAACAAUGCCCAAUCUUUCCAGGCCACUGCUCCCAUCGGCAGCAAACGCACGGUGAGCAUGGGACCGGAGACUGGCAACCCCAAUAACAACCCAGUCCGUCAAUCCCGUGGCCCUGGUGUUAAUAAUGCCAUUGGAUUUCGCCGCCAAAAUGGGCGUGGCAGUGACGAAUUAAGAGCAGCCGCAGCUGCGAUUGCGGAAUGA